AUGGGGGCCAUAUUCUCCCUUCCUUUUACGAUCCUCAAUCUCCUGUUGCCAUUCACGCGAUCCGACACGCCGUUGUCGCAAGACCUCUUUCAUACAGCCGUCCUAUGCGGAACGUUAUAUUUCGCCCCACAAAUAGGCGAAUGGUACAAUGCGCAACGGCAAGCAGCAGAGACAGGAUCAGGCCAAAGAGAAGACAAUGAGGACACGAAUCGCCCGGUCGAGCAAGCGACCAGAAACCGAGGCGAUACACGAGAACAAGAACAAGGUGAACAACUCCCUCUAGACGAACGUUUGGUCCUUCAAGACGACGGCACAGAACCCGCGCGACCACCCCGAGCACCCACUCCACCACCCCACCAAGCCCACGUCGAAGAUCUCCCCGAACCACACCAUGCUCAACAACGCAACCACGAAGCACAAGAAGCCCAACUCCCCGACGAUGCCUUCGCCCCCGGCCCCGCAAACCCCCACCACAACACAACGCAAACCGCCCGCCCCCAACGCAACGCGUAG